GUAGAUCAGGGGCAGACUGACCAUUUGGAAACUCGGGCACUGCCCGAGGGCCCAAGGUCAGUAGGGGGCCCCAUGAGAUGCCCCUGGUACCUUUUUCAUAGGCUUUUUUGAGUUUGGGCAAGGACACAGGGGCCCCAUGAUCCCCUAUUGCCCAGGGGCCUCAUGAGUUGUCAGUCCACCCCUGCUGUAGCUAGAUUCUGUGCCUAGGGACUGUGUGCAGUUCUCAGUUCUACAAAAGCAGCAAGUCCUAGACAUUCUUCAGCAAGU